CCGCGAAGCUUUUUCAAAAUUGCCCGCGCUGUGCACGACUGUCUGCGCGUGCUGCAUGUUGUUGCUGAAGACGUGUGUAACUAGGACUACGACUCUGACAUUACAAUGAAGAUUUGUAAGGGAGCAUCAGACAGAAGUGGCCUUGUGGCUGUUAUCUUUUUCUUGUUGGGAAUGGGAACUCUGCUUCCAUGGAACUUCUUCAUCACUGCAAUGAAUUAUUUCACUGACCGUUUGAAAAAUGGUACAAGUUCUACUCAGACUGACACUUACAUGUUUGGUAACAUGAGUGUGCUGUUAGCCCAGCUUCCCUUGCUGCUAUUUACACUUCUCAACUCUUUUCUAUACCAGCACAUUGCAGAAAAGAUUCGUAUUGCUGGCAGCAUGGUCUUCAUAUUACUACUCUUCAUUCUUACGGCCAUUUUAGUGAAAGUUAAGAUGGACCAGGACCACUUCUUUUCCAUUACAAUGGCGACAAUUUGGUUUAUUAACAUGUUUGGGGCUGUGCUGCAAGGUAGUCUAUUCGGUCUGGUCAGUAAGCUGCCCCCGAGAUUCAGCUCCCUGUUCAUGAGUGGACAGGCAGUGGCAGGAAUCUUCUCUGGUAUUGCCAUGCUGUUAUCGAAUAUCUUUGAAACUGACUCGGAGAGUUCUGCCCUGGGAUAUUUCAUAACCCCCUGUGUCGCCACCCUACUUACUUUAUGCUGUUACCUCGUACUUCCGCAUCUGAGAUAUGCCCAACUUCAUUUGGAAAAUGUGUCCACUAAAACUACGUUGAAAGAACCAUCAGUAAAUAGUUCUGAGAUUGUUAAAGUGAAGUUGAAUAAUUUUGACGAUGGUUUUGACGACAUUGGUGAAACUGAAGCAUGUAAAAAGCUGAAUGAGGUCGAACAGGAUCUCAAUGAGGAGAAGUCAACUGUGCCACAAGUCUUCAAAAAGAUUUGGGUGAUGGCUUUAUGUGUGACAUGUGUGUUUGGCGUCACACUGUCAGUUUUUCCAGCAAUUACUAUAAAUACAAAACCUUCUGGCUUAUUUGAUGGGAAAGAUAACAUCUUCGUACCUUUGUGUUCAUUCAUUGUCUUCAAUGUGAUGGACUGGAUUGGCAGAAGUCUCACUUCUCGUCUUCAGUGGCCUUCAAUGAAGAGUCAUUUAUUUCCUUUUUUUGUGGUAUUACGGGUAGUUUUCAUCCCUGCCCUCAUGCUCUGCAACAUUCAACCUCGCUUCUAUCUCCCAGUCUUUUUCAAUCAUGACAUGGCUUAUAUCAUCAUCAUGUCUUUGUUUGCCAUGACGAGUGGAUAUUUUGCCUGCCUCUCCAUGAGCUAUGCUCCACAGCUGGUGAGGCCUAAAGAUGCAGAGACAGCAGGAGCUCUGAUGACCUUCUUCCUGGCUUUGGGACUCUCUCUGGGUGCCUCUUUCUCUUUUGGCCUUAAAAGAUUUCUUUAGGGAAGAUCCAUAGGCUGACACUUCUGU